AUGGCAGACGGCAAGCGCCUCUCUUCUGCCGCGAAGGUCGCAACGCCUAAGCUCGGAGACCAGUCUAUCCUCAAUGACUCGCACUUGUUCAAGGUCAUAGGCAAGCGUGUCAAGAUCACGACGACCGUUGCCAACCAUGUGCUCGAGGGCACCGUCUUCGCCGCCGACCCUGUCCUGAACGCCAUCGCCAUCAACACCGCUCCGGCCCCGCCGAACCCGUCGACCAGCCUGGCCACCCAGCCGGGCAAUUACCACGUCGUGUCGAUCCCCAACAUUCAGAAGUUUGAACUCCUGUCGAGCAGCGGCGGCGGUGGCCAGGAUGGCGGCGCCGCGGACGGACCUGGCGGCUUCGAGAGCAUCACGCCGACCAUUGCCUCCCUGGAUCUGAGCGCGCUGAAGGCGCGCGAGGAGGCGGCCGUGCGCAAGCUGCUCGAGAAGGAGGAGCACAGGAACAAAGAGGUCACGUCGGAGGUGCAAGAGCUCUACGAUGCCUUCAACCGAACGCUGCCCAUGCGCUGGCACGGAACCACGAUGAUCAUCAACGACGCUGUCCUGCUGGGCCCGCCGUACACCGUGAGCGACCUCAAGGCCGCCGAGGGCAAGGAGCGCAACAUCGACCACAUCAAGAGGAUCAUGGAGGGCUACCUGGCAAAGAAGAGGAAUGCGCAGGGAGCGAACAGGCCCGGAGUCGCUACGCCCAUUCCGCCGCGCAAGGGUGGCUGA